CAGAUUUCGCUUUGGUCGAGAGAAUAUCGAGAACCACGAGACACAGAGGAGAACGUGUAAAAGAUACAAGUAAUUUUUACGUGGCAAGACAUCCAGUGGCAUUAAAUUUGUCGAAAGGCGCUUUGAUUCGUUUCAUGGCGUCUUGUGUAACCAAGUCAUGGUCAUUCAUGACAAUAUGGAACGUUCUAAGCGACAUUCGUUGGAGGAGUAUCGUGAUCGUUAUGGCUAUGGUCAUGUUAUUCAUAAUUAUAGUUGCCAUUGAGUUCGUUUCUCCCUUCUUCCUCUCGAUGAUCUGGAAGUUUACGUCUAAAAUUCUGUGUGUCGUAUUACCUACAUUGGUAGCUUGGCGGCUUAGAGCCCGGAACCCCAAUGACUCUUCAAAAGCUCGUAUACAAGAUGCUGUCCCCAAAGACUCUCCCCAGAGAGCUAUCGAAGGAUCUGUUUGUGUUCAAAAUGGGAAGGCUGAAGGAACUCGGGAAAGAGCUAAGGCAGAAAAUGCUCGUAAACAAGAAGCCAAUCGUAAAUACUCUCACAAGGGAGCUAUGCAAGGAUCUGGUGGUAGAAAAGCCAGAACACAAGAAGACGAAAAGGAACAAAGAGCUCGGGAAAGACGAGGAGAAGUUACAUCCCUCCUGUGCGGUAGUGAGUCUACGCGAUACCGCUGGCAGUUCAAAAAAGCAGAAAAUUGGGAAAAUUGCGACUCCUAUGUCAAUGCUGUUUUGGAAAAGCUUUACUGUGACGUGAAUAAUGUAGAAGUCUCCUUUGAAAUGGGACGUUCAGGAAAACCAAUGAUAGAGAUGUCAGCCAACUUUCAGACAAUGUCCAUGGGCCGGAUCUCCUCCAAACAGUUUCUGAUCCGUCGACGCUCAACACCCUCUUACAUCGAAGAACGCAACAACGAGUUUCCUACAUUGUGGGUUUGGUAUUGGAAAGACAUCGAUGGAUGGAAGAAAUAUGCUGAAACGGGUCUUUGUUCUGGGACAAAACAAGAGCAAAUAGAAGCUUCGUAUCUAAAUGGAGACCUUAGUUACUUAUUUCAAAUCGGAGGAAGAGAUUACAUAAUACAUUUUGAAGGUGACCAUAUGAACCAAAGGAGUGCAGAUCCAGAAGUCCAAGCGGGUCAGCUCGUCAGAAGAAGACCAAUGUUUGCUUCGGAAUCAGCUCUGCACACCACAACGAGACUUCCGAAAGGUCAGGCUAUGGACUUUGAACGGACUAAUCUAGAAAAAGACUGCAAAGAAUACCGAACUGUGAGUCAACUUUUCCACAAAACUAUGCCGGAGCACCAGGCCUCUAUUGUGACGGUGGAAAAAAUAACGAAUGAGGAUUUAUCCCAAAAAUACCAAAGAAAGCUCCAAAAAAUGGAGAAGAAACGAAAACCUAGGUGUGAAAAGUUGUUGUUCCAUGGUACUACAUCAAAUGUUAUUGAUGCCAUCUGCACACACAAUUUUGAUCACAGAGUGUGUGGGAAGAACGGGACAAAGUAUGGGCAAGGAAGCUAUUUUGCUGUAGACGCAUCUUACAGCAAUAACUACAGCAAUACUUAUAAAGAGAAAACCAGAUAUAUGUUUCUGGCAAGAGUGGUGACAGGAGAAUUUAAGCGUGGAGAGCAAAGCUUUCGUCGGCCGCCAUUGAAGGAUCCGAGAAAUCUGGCAAGUGAUUUGUACGAUUCUUGCGUUGACGACGAAAAUCAACCAAAGAUCUUUGUCAUUUUUAAUGAUGAACAGUGCUAUCCUUUGUAUUUGAUUAAAUAUCACUUGAAAGUGUUUUAAAUUUCGAAGCCAUAUGCAUUACCAUAGUAUACUUUUUUAUCUAAUCAAAUAUCAGCUGUUGCAGUUUUAGGCAUCAAAGUCAGAUGCACCAAACUACGGUAGAAAGUCAGUCACAAGCGCAUCAAUCUGAUCAACCUAGUUCCAGGGUCUCUCAUCUUCCCGCCCCCUGGAGCGAGCACUCCAGGGGGCGGGAAGAUAAGAGGCCUUGGGAACGAGAUUGCAAUCUGAUCAGUUCCAGGGAGAUCUGGAAAACUGUGAGCUUUGAGGAACAGAUAAUGUCAAAAGACAAACAUACUAUACAGGGGCGGAUACAGGGGGGGUGGAUAGGGUGGAUAUCCACCCCCCAUUUUUCAGUAAAAAAAAUUCAA